AUGUCAACCACGGUUUCCGGCAAUGCGCGUACGAGAGUGAGAAGGAAAGCGGCGGCGGCGGUAGGUGUAGCGGGCAAGGCUUUCCGGCGAUGCGCGUACGAGAGCGAAAAGCAAAGCAGCAUAGAGACAACCUCAACCUCCAUCGCCGAAGAUAUGUCAGCAAACCACGCCCAGCCUCAGGCUGCGGACGACGACAUUCAAUAUAUCGGCUUCCAACGCGUCAACGUCAAGAAGAGCAAGUUCCAUAGAACCGCACUGGAAGAAGACGGCCUUGUCUUUUGCGGCUAUAAGAACACCAAAGACUACACAAAUAUCCCUCUGCCCACAACCCAGCGAAGUGCGCCAGGUCCGGUCGUCAUCGACUUGGUCUCCUCGGACAGCGAAGACGAGAGCGCACCUAGCAGCACGGUGCCCAAACUGUGA